UACCUAAUAAUCUUUCCAAAUAAAACUCUUGAAAGUUACUAUACUUUCAACUCAGAUAAUUGAAUGCCCAAAAGUGAAGAGGGCAAGCACUAGCUAAAACCAUUGCAUUAAAACCAACACCCAAUUCCUUAACCAGUAUAUUAAAGUUUUAUGGACAGCUUUCACUCUCCAAAGGGCCAUCUUCAAGAUGAAGAUGUUGAGAAGAACAUCAGCAGCCAAAAAAAAUCUUCCAGAGGUGGCUGGAGUGCUGCCAUCUUCAUCAUCUUUGUUGAAAUGGCAGAGAGAUUUUCUUUCUUUGGCUUGGCUGGUAACCUCAUCACCUACCUCACAAAUGAACUCCAUGAACCAAUCCCAACAGCUGCCAAAAACGUCAACACUUGGAUUGGUGUCUCAUCUCUCCUCCCUAUUCUCGGAGCCUUUAUCGCUGAUUCCUAUCUCGGCAGAUUCAACACCAUCCUUGUCUCCUCCAUCAUAUACUGCAUGGCAAUGAGUUUGUUAACCGUAACGGUUUCAGCUAUUCCACUGCAUCUGCGGAAAUUAAUGUUCUUUGUGGCGCUUUACCUACUGUCACUAGGGCUAUCAGGGCAUAAACCAUGUGUGCAGACGUUCGCGGCCGACCAGUUUUCUGAGGAUUCGGCGGAGGAGAGAAAGGCGAAGAGCUCCUUCUUUAACUGGUGGUACUUGGGAAUUGUAGUUGGUGGCUCUUCUGCCGUUUUGGUAGUUAUAUAUAUCCAGGACAAUGUAAGCUGGGCGGCAGGGUUUGGAAUACUCACGGGCUCCAUGGUGGUGGCAUUGAUUCUCUUUCUGCUCGGAAUCAAGAAAUACCGAAGGCAAGGACCCUUGGGCAGUCCCUUCACCAAGGUGGCCCAGGUAUUUGUCGCCGCCCUCAGGAAGCAGCACAUGGAGGUCACAACAGGUCAAGAUUUAGAUGAGUAUUGUCAGCAACAGCCACAUACUACGUUGGUCCAUACCAACCAAUUCAGAUUUUUGGACAAGGCAAUGGUGAUUGACCACCAGGAUGCAUCAAGCGAGACCACAAAUCCUUGGAGAUUAUGUUCACUAAAUCAAGUGGAACAAGUGAAGCUCCUCCUGCGCCUCAUUCCCAUAUGGAUGUGCUGCUUAAUGUUUGCAGUAGUCCAAUCCUUUGUUCAGACCUUCUUCACCAAGCAAGGAAGCACAAUGAUCCGAUCAAUCGGAUCAAUUCAACUUCCCCAGGCUUCACUCCAAAUCUUUGUUGGCCUCACCAUUGUUGUUGCCAUUCCAAUCUAUGACUGUGUUUUUGUCCCCAUUGCUCGAAAAUUCACAGGACAUUCAUCAGGAAUUACCAUCCUACAAAGAAUCGGCACUGGCCUAUUAAUCUCCAUCAUGAGCAUGGUUGUUGCAGCUGUGGUAGAGGCCAAAAGGGUAAAGAUUGUAAGAGAUCACAACCUCCUGGACAAUCCGAAAGCAAUAGUACCAAUGAGAGUUUGGUGGUUAAUUCCUCAGUACAUGAUAUGUGGUUUGUCUGAUGCAUUUGCAUUUGUUGGAAUGCAAGAGUUGUUCUAUGAUCAAAUGCCAGAGGCAAUGAGAAGCUUGGGAGCAGCAUUUUACCUCAGUGUUGUUGGGGUUGGAUUCUUCUUAAGCAAUGGGAUAAUAACUUUGGUGCAAGCAAUCAGCUCAAAGGGUGGUGAAAAAUGGAUUACUAACAAUAUCAAUCGAUCUCACCUGGAUUACUUUUAUUCGGUAAUCGCAGGACUGAGCGCGUUGAAUUUCUGCUUGUACGUUUGGACUGCUAAAGGAUUUCUAUACAAGAGAAUCGAAGCCAAAGAAUGCAAUAAGGAGAUAGAACUGAACUGAUAUGUAUGAUCAAGAGCUGAUCAAGGCUACCAGUACGUACAUUAAUUAGUCUAAUAAAGACUUCUUUGUACACUAUUGUAAGCUAAACUCGGUACCAGACAAAAGAAAUGAAGGUCUUACUAAUUUUAUGCAUUAAUAUUAGUAAGACCUGCUUAACCCU